CGUUCGGGAACCAGACAACAUACAACACCGGAUGAUGUUUGGGAGAGGAAAGCCGAUGGGAAAGCUGUGUGUGUGUGUGUAUACUCAGUAGUUUGUGGGUGUGUGCUCGUUCAUAACAGAAUACGUACUGUUAGAGUUGUUUGUGACAUUAAAUAGAUUUACAAACAAAAUAACAGUCGAUUUGCAAAGAACUGAAGUUAGCUUCAGAGUGUCUGUGCUAACAUGAAGGAGCUUCUGUUCCUCUGUCUGCUCCUCCAGAUAACACCUGGACGCGCAGAAGGUGGAGUGGUGGUGAAAGAAGACAGUGAUGCUGUGUUACCGUGUUCCCUCAGCACCAAGGAGAACAUCGAGACGAAGCUGUUUGACUGGAAGAAAGACGAAAACAAAGACCGCAAGGAGGUGUUCAUGUACGACGGAGGAGAUUAUUACGCUCACGGCCUUUCAGGUCAAGACAAACAGUUUGAAGGUCGAGUCUCACAUUUUAACGACGAGCUGAAGAACGGUAACGCCUCCAUAAAGAUCAGGAAGACCAAGGUGGCCGACAGUGGAGUCUACACCUGUGAGUUUCCUCAUCUGCAGCCGCCUCAGAAGUUCACCAUUGAGCUGGUUGUUGAACCCGUCUUUAAAGAUCGCUCAGGAGAAAACCCAGUCGCAUCUCCAGAGCCGUACACCAGGACACUCCAUCAAACUCAGGACCGGGCGCUCCUGCAGUGUGAAGUUCGAGGUGCUUCUCCAGAACCUAAAUUGGAGUGGCAGGACAGUUCUGGAAAGCUCCUUCAUGCUGAAGAGACACAGCGGUCCAUCACAGGAGGAAAAUACGACCUCACUAUUCAAACUAAUGUGACCAAGAGCGGGGAGUAUCACUGUGUGCUCAAACAGGAGGGAAUCCACCAUAACAUAUCUGCCAAGACGUUUGUCUUCAUCAGUGAGAAAGUGUGUGAGGACUCAUCUGUCAAAGUCUUCAACGGAUGGAUCGGAGGAUUGGCUGUUGGAUUGGCUGUUGGAGCUGUAGUUCUAGCUGCACUUGAAGCUUUGACUCUACGGUGCAGCCCAGCCUUCCGUCACAAAGUCAUAGACUUCUUAUCUCAGCUGAGACCUCAACGUAAUAAACCUCAGAAUGGAACCGUUACUGAAUCUAUGAUCACGAUGGGUCCUGAUAAACGUGAUGAACCGGAGCAGAAUGGAUAUAUCUGAGUUUGGUUCUCCUGGUUCACAUCAGGAUUCAGGAAUCUCUUUCACAUCAUCCAUCUGAUAACUGAAGUUCAGUUUUAUGCACACACACAUUUCAACAUCACAGCUGAACAUUAUGGACAUGUUCUGUCUCUUAACCGCUGACCAAUCAAAAUGUGCCUUUUGAUAUCAAGUUUUUAAAAAGGUUUUAAGCUUUUAUACGAUAAACAUGAAAAAUGUUACAUGAACUCUUUAAAACACUUAAUAAUAACCAUCAUCAAUAAAGGGUAAAUUAAUAUUUAAUUAACUUUAAUAAUGAUAUUAAUGUUAACAAACAAUGAAAUGAUCGUUUAUAAUGUUUACUAAUUAUUUGUAAUGCUUUAAUUGACGUUACAGUUUAUUGUUGCACACAUUAAUUUAUACACUUUAUAAAGUGUUUGUGAAUGAUUUGUAAACCUUUUAAGAGAGGGUUUAUAAAACAUCCAUAAACAUUGGAGAUACAUGGAGCACAUAUUUGUUCAUGCUUUAUGAAUAAUUUAUCACACGUUACGUUCACUUUGCAGAACAACUUUAGGACGCACUCACUCUGCAAAGUUGUCCCGUACUGUGCUUAAGCUCGAUUGCCCCCCGUCCCCAGUCCCCCAUCAGCCUGAGCUCACACUGCUCCAGUACUAACCGGGCCUGAGCACGGUAACCUCUUGAACAUAACGUCAUAAUACAACACAUGCAUGGCUUUAUGUUGUUAUGAAACGUGCUCAGUUUACAAGACAGAAAAUAAAUAUAUUGAGUCAGCGUCUGCACAUCAGAGAACAACAUAGAGAACAUAGCAGCUACUAAACUGACUUUUUGAGUCACUUUAGUCGAUACAGACAGAACACUCCGGGAUUUCUCUGCGGCUACUUUUCCCCGCUCCUCUCCCUGCACAGAGCGCCAGCCACAACGCACACCUGUUCACUUCUAGUUCAACAGAACACAGUGGGUCCGGACGUCUUUUCUCCGUUCACUGUCACUGUGUCUGCAGCUAACUUAGCGAUAGCAUCGUCUUUCUACAGUUUUACAAACCAAUUAUUGAAAUUAACAAACAUGUGCUCUAUGUAUCUCUAAUGUUUAUAGAUGUUUUAUAAACCAUCUCUUAAAGGUUUAUAAAUCAUUAACAAACACUUUAAGUGUAUAAAUUAAUGUGUGCAACAAUUAACUGCUAACAUAGCGUCAGUUAAAGCAUUACAAAUAAUUUGUAAACAUUAUAAACGAUCAUUUCAUUGUUUGUUAACAUUAAUAUCAUUAUUAACUAAAGUUAAUUAACUAUCAAUUUACCCUUUAUUGAUGAUGUUAUUAUUAAGUGUUACCAAACUUUUUAACUGGUUGAUCAGUCUUCCAAUGGUACAGCUGUUUGAAUAUGAAGUCCAAACAAAAUCAGUAAAGCAGAUUUUAUUAUCUGUUAUUUACAAAAUGAUGUCACUGCCUUGGAUGACCAACUAAUCAAGGCAGGGAGACGUUUCCUGUUUCAACAUCUCAUUACGUUUUUCAUGUAUUUCGUUUACUGCCAAAGACAUUCAGUAUGAAUAUUAUGUUCAUGUUACAAAAACUCAGGACCUUAAACCUUAAACUAUCAGGUACCUGUUAGACUACAGCCAGAUCGUAGCCAAUCGUAGAAACUGAAUCAUGUGAAUGCUGUAGACUUUACAUGCUGACUCAUCCACAGUGCAGCAGGCUGCUCGGUGCUCGCUUUAGUUUUCUGUCCCGACUGAAGUUAAGAGACCGUAAACAAACUCCUAUCAACCAAAGUAUUCUCUAACUUUCCAUCUUUUUUGUUUUUUCUUUUAAAGAGCCCAUAUUCUGCCCUUUUUGGGGUUCGUAUAUUUAAUCUAUGUUCCUACU